AAAAUGCUGUUCAAAGUGAACCAGAGAAGAGGGAGCAUGGUGUCACAGAGACUUGUUUCAAUAUUGAACCAGAGGAGAGAGAGCAUGGUGUCACAGAGACUGGUGUUCUAAGUGAACCAGAGGAGAGAGAGUAUGGUGUCACAGAGACUUGUGUUAAUAGUGAACCAGAGGAGAGGGAGCAUGGUGUCAUAGAGACUGGUGUUCUAAGUGAACCAGAGAAGAGAGAGUAUGGUGUCAUAGAAACUGAUUUUCAAAGUGAACCAGAGGAGAGGGAGCAUGGUGUCACAGAGACUGGUGUUCUAAGUGAACCAGAGGAGAGAGAGCAUGGUGUCACAGAGACUUGUGUUAAUAGCGAACUAGAGAAGAGGGAGCAUGGUGUAAAAAAAAGGUAUUUAGACAAAACAAAAAGGAAAAACUGUUCAGUGCUUAGACCUCCUUAUAUUGCCAACUUUUGUCCAAGACAGAUUUUGGCAUUAAAGGGAGGGUGGCAAUAA